AUGGAGACCGGAGAACCAUCCUACAGCGGCGGUGAAGACUGCUCCGAUGAUAUCGAAGGAUACAUUGCCUACAGCAUUGGGUUCUAUUUGGUCUUCUCUCCUCUUCGUAUUCACCCUCUGCUAUACUUCUUACAUCUGCAACCGCAGGAUACACUCUCGAUUAUCACCACCGACCACCACCACUCCACCAGUGACGGCGCCGACGACUACCAUAUUAUAAGAUUCCCUCAAGGUCUUUGCGAUGACGUCAUUUCGACUUUUCCGACGAUUCUCUACUCGGAGGCCGUGGUGACUCACAAGAGCGACUCUGUAACCAGUGCCAAUAAUAAGUAUGGUUCCGGUUGCUCUAUUUGCUUGGCGGAUUAUAACCAGUUGAACGUCCUCCGUUUAAUGCCGGAAGAUGCUCACGUAUUUCAUUUGAGUUGA